AUCAUGCGAAACCAGAGCUUUGUAACUGAAUUUGUCCUUCUGGGCCUAUCACAGAAUCCAUAUGUUCAAAAACUAAUGUUUGCUGCAUUUUUAUUUGUCUACAUUGCAACUAUUGGAAGCAAUAUGUUGAUUGUAGUGACCAUCGUCUGUACUGCUAAAUUGCUGGGCUCCCCCAUGUACUUCUUCUUGGCAUUUUUGUCCUUCGUGGAUGUGUGCUUCUCCUCUGCUAUCACACCAAAGACAAUUGUAGACUUGGUCUAUGAGAGGAAAUCCAUCUCCUUUGAAGGGUGCAUGAUGCAACUUUUUGUUGAACAUUUUUUUGGUGCAACAGAGAUGAUUGUUUUGACUGCCAUGGCUUAUGACCGAUAUGUGGCCAUUUGCAAGCCCCUGCACUACUCCUCCAUCAUGAACAGGAGGCUCUGUGGCACUCUGGUGGGAUUGGCCUGGGCAGGGGGCUUCUUGCACUCCACCAUCCAGAUUGUCUUCACUUUGCAGCUGCCCUUCUGUGGACCCAAUAUCAUUGAUCACUUUAUGUGUGACUUAUUCCCGUUACUGCAUCUAGCCUGCACUGACACUCACCUCUUUGGCCUUUUGGUGAUGACCAACAGUGGGUCUAUCUCCAUCAUAGUCUUCUUCUUGCUGCUUGUCUCCUAUGUUUUCAUCUUGUUAUCUGUGAGAGCACACAGCUCUGAAGGGCAACAUAAAGCUCUGUCCACCUGUGGAUCCCACAUUACUGUUGUGGUUUUAUACUUUGUCCCUUGCAUACUUACAUAUGCACGACCUCCCACUGCCUUCUCCUUUGACAAAAUCAUAGCAACAUUUUAUACUUUUCUAACCCCUUUGCUUAAUCCUAUAAUUUACACUUUUAGGAAUAGGGAAAUGAAAAAAGCCAUGGGGACAAUAUGGAAAAGAUUGGUGCUGGGAUCUGGUGAAUAUUAA